AUGGGGUACCAGAAGAAUACGUGCGGUGGACGAAGCUGCUUUGCGAAGCCUACCAGUGCUGUGCGGAGUGCUGCUGGAACAAGCAGGCCAUUCCUUGUACAAGUGCGGGUUCAUCAAGGUUCACACUCACCCCUGCUGUUCAUACUGUGCAUGGGCACGAUAACGAAGGGAAUCCAGAAGCAGCAUCCGUGGACUCUACUCUUUACCAACGAUGUCAUGUUCGCGUCGGAGUCUCAAGAUGAUCUUCAAAAACAAGUACAGUCUUGGAAGGAUCGGCUGCAGCAGCAUGGAUUGCGCCUCAAUGUAUCAGAAACUGAGUACAUGGAGUGCGGACCAAGGAUAGAGGAUGGUUCAGUUCGUGUUGAUGACACCGAAUUAAACACGGUGGACUGUUUCAAGUACCUUGGAUCCAAGGUGACUUCCACAGGCCUUAUUGAUCAAGAAGGUCGAGCUAAUGCGGCAUGGAUGAAAUGGAGAAUGGCAACAGGCAUACUGUGCGACAAGAAAGUCCCUGUUCGACUGAAGUCGUAG